AGCGUGAGUCAGCUUGGAGACGGUUCCAAGGAAUAUCCGCUCCGCGUCGGGAUGACCUGUCUUCGCCUUGUGCGAGACUAUGUAUCCGUACGAAAUAGGUCCGACUGCACGACCAUGUUCCAUCUGGACAGUACCCACAGCAUGGUGAUCAACGGGUAUUUGGUGUUUGCGUUUGGAUAUUCGGAUCGCGGCGGGUAUUUCUACCUACUUGCCUACUUCUGCACGUCGCAAAAGUGCGCUGUUGAUAUCGGGUGGUGCAUUCGCUGCAUUAAGCGAGUUUGCAUGGACGUUUGCGGCGUGGAAUUCACCCCGCAAUUCGUUAUGAUGGACGCCGAUAAGGCUCAAUUUAACGCCUGCACUACAGAAUUGCAACUAUCAACCGUGUUGAUGUGCUGGUUCCAUGUUUUGCAGAACGUUUGGGAAUCUGCCAACGAAAAGGGAGUUGGUAUUGAUGAUAUUCGCACCAUUUUUGCCGAGAUGCAUGACAUGCAUUAUGCU